AUGGCGGCGCUGCAGGAGAAGAAGUCAUGCAGCCAGCGGAUGGAGGAGUUUCAGCGCUACUGCUGGAACCCGGACACCGGGCAGAUGCUGGGCCGGACGCUGUCGCGGUGGGUAUGGAUCAGCCUCUACUACGUGGCCUUCUACGUGGUGAUGACCGCAAUCUUUGCUCUGUGCAUUUACACACUCAUGUGCACAAUCGACCCGUACACACCUGACUACCAAGACCAGCUAAAGUCACCAGGGGUGACCUUGAGGCCAGAUGUCUACGGGGACAAGGGCCUGGACAUUUCCUACAAUGUUUCCGACAACAGGACCUGGGUGGACCUCGUGCACACCCUCCACACCUUCCUGGCAGGCUACUCGCCAGAGUCCCAGCAGGACAACAUCAACUGCACCUCCAAGGAGUACUUCUUCCAGGAAAAGUUCACGGCCCCCAACCACACCAAGUUCUCCUGCAAGUUCACAGCAGACAUGCUACAAAAUUGCUCAGGGCUGGUGGACCCCAACUUCGGCUUCGCAGAAGGAAGGCCGUGCUUUGUGAUUAAAAUGAACAGGAUCGUCAAGUUCCUCCCCAGCAACAGCACGGCGCCCAGGGUGGACUGCGCCUUCCUGGACCAGCAAAAGGACGCCCAGCCCCUGCAGGUGGAGUACUUCCCACCCAACGGCACCUUCAGCCUCCACUACUUCCCUUACUACGGGAGCAAAGCACAGCCCCACUACAGCAACCCUCUGGUCGCUGUAAAACUUCUCAACGUCCCCAGAAACACGGAGGUCCUCAUCGUGUGCAAGAUCCUGGCCGAUCAUGUAACAUUUGACAACCCCCACGAUCCCUACGAGGGGAAGGUGGAGUUCAAGCUCAAAAUCCAGCAGUAG